AUUUCCCCUCAUGUAAACAAUAAAUAUUUCUAAUGUCAAAAUUUGAGAGCGCAUUUUGCAGUAUUUCAAAAUUUUUGUGAUAAAAUCAACAUUUACUUAAUGGCUUUCAAUUUUGGAAAUACAACAGGCGGAUUAGGAGCAUCUUCAACACCAGCAAAACCUGCAUUUGGUAAUUUUAGUUUUGGUCAAGCCACUACUUCUGCUCCAGCUUUUGGUACUCAAAAUACUGCUCCAACAUUUGGAACUCCAAACUUUGGGACUGGAACCCAAAAUACAAGUGCACCAGCUUUCGGAUCUACAAGUUUUGGAGCACAACCUAAUCCAGCACCAGCAUUUGGAACAAAUACUGCGGUAGCAAGUACAUUCACACCGGCACCAGCAUUUGGUGCUGGGUCAGUGUUUGGUGCAACAACUAGUGCUCCAAGUUUGGGUGGUUUUGGUGGAUUCGGUACUAACACUGCAACUACUUCUGCCCCAAGUUUAUUCGGAGGCCUUGGUUCAACACCUGCAAAUACAGGCUUUGCAGGUUUUGGCGCAACCACUACGACCACUUCUGCACCGACAUUUACUGGUUUUGGUGCCAGUAAUACUGGCUUUGGAAGUUUUGGCUCAACAUUUGGUUCAACUUUUGGGAAACCAGCAACUAGUACUGCACCCGCAUUUGGUGGCUUUGGAACUACAUUUGGCGCACAACAAAAUCAACAGCAACCAUGGCAAAUUCCACAGCAGCAGCAAGCUCAAAGUUUGAACCCAGAUGAAGCAUUCGCACAAUCUAUUCUUAAUGUUACUAUUUACGGAGAUGAGCGCGAUACAAUUCUAGCCAAAUGGAACUACCUUCAAGCUAUGUGGGGAACUGGAAAAGCAUUUUAUUCUAACAAUGCACCGCAUUUUGUAGAAAUUACUCCUCAAAACUAUUUAUGUCGCUUUAAGACUAUUGGGUACAGUAGAAAACCUGGGAAGGACAAUAAGUUGGGUCUUGUUGCAUUAGUUAUCAAUAAACCAGAAUCCGAGAUUAAAAACCAACAACAGCAGCUUAUUACGAGUUUAAAUCAAAUUCUUGGUAAUAAACCAAAUUUAACUGUUAAAUUUGAUUCAAUUAAGCAACUUGAAGAGAAAACCCAAAUUAUGAUUUAUGUUGAAGAGAAAACUCAACAAAUACCUAAUCAAACUAAGAGAAUUUUAGCCUCCGAACUUAGUAACUUUUUAAAUCAACCCAAUAUUAAACAGCAGCUAACAAAUUUAGGUGUAGAGUCAGCUCUAGCACAUAUUACACCUGAUGACGAUCAAAUCAAAGAAUAUAUUGAGGUUCCACCAAAAGGAAUUGAUCCCAGGAUGUGGCGACAAGCAAAUAUAGACAAUCCUGAUAGUAAAAAAUUUAUUCAAGUUCCAAUGGUAGGGUUUAACGACCUUAAGUGGCGUUUGAAAUGUCAAGAGAAUGAAACAGAUUUACACAUACAAUGCUUAGCAAAAUUAGAAAAAGAUUUGGCUGAAGUAAAACAAAGACAUGCAUCUUCAACAGCUAAAAUUAUGGAAUAUAGAAGAAAAUUAGCAGAAUUAAGUCAUAAAAUAUUAAAAAUUGUUGUUAAGCAAGAAUGUUCAAGAAAAGUGGGUAUGCCAUUGUCGCCUGAAGAAGAAAUUUUAAGGGGUAAAUUAGAAAAUAUGCAAUCGUUAGUCUCGGCACCAACUCAGUUUAAGGGACGACUAAGUGAACUUUUGUCUCAAAUGCGAAUGCAAAGAAAUCAAUAUACUAUUGGUGCAAAUAAGGAGUAUACCUUAGACAGGGAUUCAGAAGAUGAAAUGAAAGCUUUUCUUACUAUGCAGCAAAAUGCAAUGAAAUUGCUUAUUGAUACCGUCAACAAAGAUCUUAAAGCAUUAAAUAUUAUAACUGAAGGAAUGAACCAAUUAACACAUUGUUAAAAUUUAUGUAUAACAAACAAAGGGUUGAAAUAAAGAUAUAUUUUUGAUACAAC